UCGGUGGACUCAAAACACUAACAAUUUGUUACUGGUGAAAUCAAAAGUGAAUGUGAGACUGAGUCACUCGCAAGGCAAGGCACCGUAUGUUUAGUCUCUGGAACAACUGGAAUCAAAGCCUUAUAUCGUCUCUCCCAUUUGCAUAUGUACAACAGUAUGGAUAAGCUGAAGAAAGCGUUGAGUGGCAACGAUGAAGAAGAGGACAAGGGAAUUGUCACACAGAUCAGUGACGCUACUAGCCUGAGCUGGUCUACCAGGAUCAAAGGUUUCCUCAUCUGCUUCAUCCUUGGUGCUGGUCUCUCCAUUUUGGGAAGUUGCCUGUUGUUCCUGAAGAAUGGGUUGAUCAUUUUUGGUGUGCUGUACACAAUUGGAAAUAUUUUGUCGUUAAUGAGUACCUGCUUCCUCAUGGGACCCUGCAACCAGCUCAAGAAAAUGUUUGCCAAAACGAGAAUUAUUGCCACCAUUCUAGUCUUUGUCAUGUUCAUCCUCACGUUAGUUUGUGCUAUAGCGAUCAAGAAUGCUCCCCUGACUAUUGUGUGCGUUAUCAUUCAGUUUUUGGCAAUGACCUGGUACUCUAUCUCCUACAUACCUUUUGCCAGAGAUGCAGUGAUCAAAUGCUUCAGUGCCUGCGUAGAUUAAGACAGGAGCCGCAGCAUAUUGUACAGACUGUUAUAAAUUACAUUGGUCAAAGAGAUUCAAGGUGUAUGUUGUGCUUCAAGUCACUGGCUGUCUGAAUGGGUUGUUGAUUGGUUAUGACUGGAUGACAAAUCUGUGCGUGUGUCAGUGUCGGUGUGUGUGUGUGUGUUGUAGGUGGUUAUAGCACAUGUAUGUGUGUCCAUUAGAAUUUAUAUCGUAUGUGUCGCGACAAGGUGGAAUCAGGCACUUGUCAAUCUUUAGGCAGGUGGGGUUAUUGAAAUCAUCUUUAAGCUUGUUUAUUUGUCUAUCUUUUGAUGAAAAAAA